AUGGAUCCGGACGCAGCCCCUUCUGAAUUUCAGAGCUCGAAGUUGCCGCCGGCAGAGCAGGAGAGGUUUUUCCCCCGAUCAUUCCCUUGGCAAGACGCUGGAGUCGUGAUGCAGAUGUUGCCGCUGUUGCCCUUGCGGCGCGAUGCCGCGCCGGAACUCGAUGCCGCGCCGGAACUCGAUGCCGAGGAGCCACGCUCAGAGUGCUUGGCACUUCAGCCGAUGCCGACUGAGCCGAAUGAAGGUGUCUCCAACAUCGAGGAGGAAAAAGGCCACGAGCUGAAGCUAUUGCAGAUUCACAAAGGCGUCAAAGAGAAGGCGUGCGUUGAUCCCGGCCGGCCCUUUGCAGUGAUGUGUGGCGUGCCCCUCCUCAUCAGGGCAUUUGGCUGGACGCUGUGCGAGAAGCGUUCCGCGGCGGAGCUGUUUCGGGACUUCCCGGAGCACCUGGCGGCGGCACAGCUGCGGCGCACCCCGAAGGUGCUGAAGUGGCAGCUCCAGGCGCUGGGCUUCAAGAAGCUGUUCCCGGAUGAGAGCUCCCAGAACUCCUUCUGGUGUGCUCCUGACUUGGAGUGCCUUGCGGCGCUGCAUUGCAGCCGGCUUUUGGCGGAUUUGGCGUGCAGCGUGCCCUGCUGGGUGCUGCUGGAUACCCGCAGCAUAGCGGACCUGGAGAGGUGUUGCUCUUUGAUCGAGACUGGGGACACGGUGCAGGUGGCGCAGGUCAUGGACGAAGAGGGCUUUCACGAGGUCCCGGUGCCGGUGUCGCCGGAGAGCUACGGAGGCUUCCGGGUCAAGGCGACCAAGAAGAAAUGCAGCAUGAGCCACCAGCCUGCCAUGAAGUACGUCUUCGAGGGAAGGAAACCCAUUUGGCUGCCGGUCUCUGCAAAGAUGGGGGACCUCAAGACCGGCAUCAAGCAAGUGUGGGUUGGCAAGUGGAGUGACUCGCCCAUACAGUGA